AUGAGCAACGAUACCAGCUCAGAACUUCUCCUCUUUGUGAAAGGGCCCGUCAUCAAAGACGAUAAAGACUCGCAGUUUGGCGAAGAUAUAUUUAGUCAUCGUUUUAUGUUCAUGAUUGCUAAGAAAGACAUCCCGAAUGCGAAAAUAAUUCCCGUUGAUCUUGUCUAUAAAAAAGAAGUAUUUAAUGAAGGCGAUCGUGUUUUGGUUGACGAUCCACCUCAAAUAGAGAUAUACUUGGAGGAGAAAUUUAGGCCUUAUCUUCGUAGUGGCGAUCCAAAAGCCUACAAAAUACAACUGGAUGUAUUUCAGAAAUUCAUAUUCUAUUUAAAAGCGAAAGGCGAUGCUGAAAAAGUCAAGUUGAAGAAUCUUCACGACGAGUUGAGAAAAAUUGACCAGUUUCUGGUAAAUAACGAGCGACUAUUCUUGAGUGGUGAUUCAAUCACGAUUCCCGAUUGUCAAUUAUUGCCAAAACUGUUUUACAUUCGUGUCGCUGGCCGCUAUUUUAAAGAGUUCGAAAUACCCGAAGACUUCGUUGCUUUGAAACGCUACAUAGAAGCAGGUGAAUUGGACGAAGCCUUUCAAGAUUCAAAAUGCUCCGAGAAGGAAAUUAUAGAGAGCUUUAAACGGUAUGUUCAGUAGAAGAAAUGGUGAAUUAUGGGUCGUUGUUGUUAAAAUUGUUGAAGCGUUUUAUAGGAUUCUCGUAUUUAUUUUAAAAAACACUUUUGUGCCGAUGACAUAUCGACACUUUAUUAAAUCAAUAUUUGGAUUAUACCUCAACAUUAUACAAAUUUUUACGACUUUGCACUCGCGUGAUUAUCAGAGAAUGUCACAAUUAUAGUAAUUAGAAUGUAAAUUUGCCAAGUUCCUUCCUUGCAAACGUUCUUAAUUGCUUGCGUUGUGAUCCUCACAGACAAAAUAAUGAAAUAGUGUAUAAAAAUAUUACUAGCUGUAUUUCGUAGUUGUGUUUGUCGUUAGUAAAUUGUGAAAAUUCAUUAUAUUAACAAAUCAAAA